UUGUUUAGUCUUAUUCCCAUAUUUGACUAUAUAUCUCUCCAUUGCAAAUAUUUUUUUAGACGAAAGAAGUAUCGGGAUCUCAUUGGUCACCGACUCAUACGUUCUGUUUCUAGUAGCGACUCUCCGGAUUCUAUUUCCGAAGCUAGUCACUCUGUUAGCCCAACAAACGCCAUCGGACGUUGCCCAGCUAGCUACUCUGACACCAACGGUCUGCACUCCUGUUCACUCGGCCAGACCGCCAUCUGCAGUGAUAAUUUCAAUAGCAUGGAGAGUGCUUGUCGGUGGCCUGACGAAGUAUCCCUAAGAUCAACCCAACCAGACCCCCAUUGGUCUUCAUCCCAUAAUCCUAUGUUAGCAGGCAUUGACCAGAAACUGCCUGGUCCAUCAACUGCUCUUGCCUGGCUAGCACAGACUUCCAAACAAUCUUCUAGUAUCCCACUCCACACAAAUCGAAAUGAAGGGGUUCAUUCGUCGCACCAGAUGCCAAUUUCGAAUAACCUUCAACAACCAAAUGUUUCAAAACAAUCAAUGGCGACUCAUUUUCAGGUCGUUAACUCUGCGGCAACUGCUGUUGGUUGGCCAGUCACUACUAUGCCGCCUGGACACACUAUUCAUUCGGUCUCGUCUGCUGGAACACCGACACCUACACAGACUCCGACUCCGACCCCGACUCCCGUCUCGAGCGUCCCUUUUCUCCAUCCCCCCUCAUCUUCUUCCGUUUCUAAUAUACCGGCCUGUGGGGCUAACCAGUCUCUUGGUCACCUAUCUGCCUCAUUUGGAAAUAACCUUGGUGGAAGAUCUUCCAUACCGGGCAUGCCUCUAUCAACACAGCCUGCUCCGCCAGACUCUCAGAGUCUACUAUCAUUUUUGCACUUGACACCUCCAGGCGAAGCCGAUUUGCUCGCCCAGACUCCCUGGUUUCAAGCGUUGAUCCCGCGCGAGAUUGCUCUAGAGCUUCUAGCCAAAGAGGAAAUUGGCAGUUUUCUGGUUCGUGAUAGUGCCACUCAUCCUGGAUGCUGUGCUCUGUCUGUGCGUGUGCCGAACAAAGACAACGCAAAUGGCAUCACGCAUUACCUGAUCCAGCGCACAGUUCGGGGUGUUUCGCUCAAGCUGACCCACUUGCAGGGUUAUUCUCUCGUGUUUUUACGCACAUAG